AUGGCUAAAAGAGAAGCGGCUGCGAAGGCGGCGGCGGCGGCGGCGGCGGCGGCGGCGGCGGCAGCGGCGACGGCGGCGGCGGAGGCGGAGGCGGCGGCGGCGGCGGAGGCGGCGGCGGAGCGCGACACGCAGGCUGCCGAGGAGGACGCGGUGGACGUGCAGACGGUGGCUGCGACUGCAGAGGAGCUCGGCCUGGCGGCGGAGGGCGUGGGGGACUUGCUCCGCCGCGCGAACCUGCUGGAGAUCGAGCCACAGGGGAGCUUGCGGGAGCAGGCCGAGGUCGCCCUCGCGGCACUCAUCGGGGUGCCGCUGCCGCCGCCCACUCCGUCUGAGGCCGCCCUCUCCGAGUACAGUGCAGCGGAGGCUGCGUCCAGCGAUACAGGCGGCGCUGGCACGGGGGUCGGCUUGAGGGACGCCGAGCCCGCCAGCGAGACGCGCGCAACUCCUGCCAGCAUCGAGCCUGCAAUCUCCCCUUCGCGUGGGCGGGGCGGCCGGGGCCGCGGUGAUCGCAGUGUUGGCGUCUAUUCAGCUUCGCCCUCGUCUGCGGAGGCUACACCGAGUGACCCGCCGGCGGCCGUCGUCGUCUCCCUGGCGGCCGCCACGUUCGAUACGGGCCGCCCGGCCGUGCCCGAGUCGACCCUCGGCGGCGAGACCACGUGCAUCAUCUGCUUUACGCGCCCAAAGUCGCACGUCGCGAUUCCAUGCGGGCACUUGUGCGCUUGCAGCUCCUGCUCCGCAAGAAUGGAGCAGUGCCCCAUCUGCCGCGAGCGGGUGCUAACGUGGACGCUACUCCGAGUCGCCUGA